CGCCAACACUCGGCCCCCCACGCAACACCAGACCCCCGUCCCCUCCCGACAAAAUCUCCUUUCUCCCUCCCUACCCAUUUACUGCCACCCCCUCUUGCUUCCCUUCCCCACCCAGCUAUCCCCACCUCGCGCUUCAUCCUAUCCAUUCCCCCAAAACACUCACUUCCGUACCGUCCUUCGUGAACAAGGCCACAAACACGUCACAGCCAGAUCUUCUUCUCGCGCUCGCUUCCCGAGCAUCCCGAAUUUUCUCAUGGCCCUCAAGCGUAUCAAUAAGGAGCUCCAAGACCUUGGCAAGGAUCCCCCUUCCAAUUGCUCAGCGGGACCGGCUGGCGAUGACUUGUUUCACUGGCAGGCGACUAUCAUGGGUCCGCCGGACUCUCCGUACUCUGGUGGCGUCUAUUUCUUGACUAUUCAUUUCCCGACUGACUACCCAUUCAAGCCGCCGAAAAUCUCUUUCACUACUCGCAUUUACCACCCCAACAUCAAUUCAAACGGUAGCAUUUGUCUGGAUAUUCUUCGGGACCAGUGGAGCCCUGCCCUGACGGUCUCCAAGGUCCUACUUUCUAUCUGUUCACUCCUUACCGACCCCAACCCGGACGACCCUCUCGUGCCGGAAAUUGCUCAAACUUACAAAACGAACCGUCAACGAUAUGAGGAAACGGCUCGUGAGUGGACCAGGAAAUAUGCGCAGUGAUGUCGACCGGUCUCACACUGUCCCCCUGUAGCAACUGUCCGAAGGUUGCCUGUCUCUAUCCUGGGUUGUAUCUCUUGUAUCCCGUCUAAUGGCAGUCUUCGUUUGCGUUAUCAGACUCGGCAAUACGGUUCUUGUAAACCGGCUGCUUGCCGUCGAGUUUCCCGCCGAUUAUUCACAGCUAUUGAGGUUCGUGGAGUUUGCGCGCUCCGAGCGUGGAGGACGGCAUGUAUCGCACCCGUCUAGAAAAGAGAGACGCGUCGGGAUCCCUGACUAGCAUCAGUAAAUAAGAUUCGAUGUGUUUUGAUAA